AUGAAGGGGAUUCAUGCUAGGGUCCUCGUCCGGACCCCCACAAUUGUUCAACCAGACUACAUCAUUAGAAAUUAUGGCCACAUUAGCUGCACCAUCAGGUAUCUCAGGAGCACGGGAGCACUCGACAGCGUCACCAGGACGCUGAACUUUGACGAGGAGACAGACGACGACUACGACGCUGAUACCCCACCGAGAGGGCUUCGGCGUUAUCUAUGGAACCCAAGACUUCGACCUGAAGAAGUUUAUGGGUUUGGCCUGGGAAGCGAAGGUUUAAGGCCUCGAACGCCCCUACACCAAGCACAACCGGAAGGCACGGAAGCUCCAAUACAAGGGAACACGGCGUCCGGAGCCAACCCCAGAAGUGAUGUCCCCGCUACGGGACAGAGCAACCAGAAUCCUAAUGUGCCUUUGGCUGAACCGACCCCGAGAGGGCCCGACGCAACAGGUAACGCGCCUCCGAGACACGAGACGCCACCCGGAGGUCAUUCAAGAGUCCCGACUGGGACGCAUCAAAAUUCAGGGCAAACCCAUGUCGGGUCUUCCGCUCCGGUCUUUCGAGUGCCCACCAAAGGGACACAACCAUAUGUGGGCCCGACCUUCCAUACGCUCCCUAUCUCUACUCUCUCAGGGUCCAUGGGCCAAGGUCGAACAGGGCAUUCAAGGCAGAUCCCGCAAGGUCCUGUGGGACAAAGUUAUCACAUACCACAAGGCUAUGGAUAUGAAGGCAUGAAUAGGGCAGGAAGUUCACAACAUGUUUCCCAACCAUAUGGCAUCCAACCCAUCGGAGGGACCUACGGAAAUCCUCCGACAGGGCAGCCACAGUUCCAUCAGUAUUAUCCACCGCAGCAUAUCGUUCCCCUCCCCACACAAGGACCCUACUGA